AGAAAAAUAAAUACGUAUAGGCAUUUUUAUUUUCUGUUACAGGAUAUUCGAUUUCCUCCAGCUUAUUCAGUUAAUAAAGAAAACAUAGAAAAGGCAAAAAAUACAGUGUCAGGUUUUGAACCGAAUGGAGGAACUAAUAUCAACGAUGCACUUAAAGUUGCAUUGCAUUUAAUUGAAGAUGAGCGGAAGAGUAAUAAGGGUUCCGAUAAGUUGCAGCCUUUGAUCAUAUUUUUAACGGACGGAGAACCUACUGUAGGAGUUUAUAGCACUGAUCAAAUAGUUGCCGAGAUUUCUGAAUUCAAUCAAGGUAGAAGAAAGUCUGUCCUUUUCUCUCUUUCUUUUGGAGAAGCAGCUGAUAAGAAAUUUCUUCAAAAGCUGGCUCUUCAUAACUCAGGCUUUUCAAAACAUAUUUAUGAAGGCGCAGAUGCAUCUUUGCAACUACAAGGAUUUUAUAAACAAAUUUCCUCUCCGCUUUUAGCUAAUGUCACCUUUAAAUAUGUGCCAACUGUAACUGGGGUGACAAAGACAAUAUUUCCGGUACUUUUCAACGGGUCAGAGAUAGUGGUAGCAGGACGUUACGAACAGCCGCCAUCUGAAUCGCCAGAAAAUGGAAAAGAUGAUGUUAUAGCCUUAGAUGUGGUUGCGUUUUGCGGAACCGGAUUAAUAAAUUUAAAACCGAUCUACGAAAGGCCAGUAACUGGUCUGCAGCGCAUUUGGGCUUAUCUUACAGUAAAACAGUUAUUGGAGGAAAAGGAAAUUUCAAAAAAUCCUGAUGAAUUAAAGAAAAAAGCUCUCGCUAUUGCUCUACAACAUUCGUUUGUGACUCCCGUCAGUUCACUUGUUGUGGUAAAACCAAAUGAAACAAGGUCUGUCGAUGCAGAAUCUACUCAAAACAGCCGUAAGUUCCAUCCAUUUCACUUUUGUAUAGGUUUUGACAAAGACUUCAGUAAUACUUUUUUUAAAUGUACCAACGACCAAUUAAGAUGCCUUCUAGUAAUAAAUAGGCUAAAUACAGGAAUUAGAAUAAAAUUGAUCAGGAAGGUAAGAUAUACCUAACCCAACCUAACAACC